AUUGCUGCGAGUGGGAGAGCCGAGAGCCGCCGCAGCCAGUCUGUCUUGCACUCGCGGAGCCACCGCUCGUCCUCGGCGAACUCUUCGCUAACAAAAAGGAAUACAAGCCAACCCUGCGGACGCCCUUGGACCCAAAAGAGCUGAGCGAUGACCUCGCUGGUGGCCAUCCGGACCGAAGCCCCCCAGAGCCCCCCGCAGUCGGCGAAGCUGAGGUCCAGUCUGAGGCUGCCACUGGCGCGCAGCGUAUCGGAGCCCGCGCCCCUCGACAAGCCGCAGCCCUUCAGUCCCAGCAUCUUCAAGAGCCCGCUGCUGGCGCCGUCAACGUCCUCGCCGGAGGUAAAGCGCUGCAGGCUGGAGCCGCAGUCGCUGCCCACCUCGCCGUGCUGCGACUCAUCCACCUUGCACCGUUCCAUGGUGCUGCGCAAGGUGCGCGCCCUUGACUGCGCCUCCCUCGCGCGCAGCCUCAGUACGGGUGGUGGAAACGGAAUUCUACUCAUCGACAUCCGGCCCUUUUUGGCCUUCAACCUAAGUCACAUUGCUGGCUCUGUCAACAUCAAUUGCCAGGACCGGAUCAGCCGCAAAAGGCUGUCAAAGCGGAGCCUUCUCAGUGAACUUGCAUCAUCAAAGGAGGUGAAAGAAGCGCUGCGUAAGCGACAUUACAAGGAAAUUAUUGUCUACGACCAGAGUACGGUAGAAUUCGACAAGCUGUCGUCCACACACCCUCUAUUUCUGGCUCUCACCUCGUUGGUGGAGGAGAACCGCGAGCCUGCCGUUUUGAUAGGUGGGCACUCAGAGUUCCAGCGUCAGUACCAUGAGCACUGCGAAACCACCCUCAUCUCCUCAGCGCCUGAAGAACCACCAAGUUACGAUCUGCACAAGCACCCCAUCUCCCGCAUUCUGCCCCACCUGUACCUAGGCAACGCCAGUGACGCGCGUGACCGCCAAAAGUUGGCAGACCACAGCAUCUCUCGCAUAUUGGCCAUCUCUGCCGACGAGGAAUCGCCGGUCCAGCCACUCUUGGAGACUAAAAUCAUCGCAGCCACCGACAACUGCAGUCAAAACAUGAAACAAUUUUUUGAGGAGGCCUUUAGCUUUAUUGAGGCAGCUCGCAAAAAAGGUGAACGCGUGCUGUUGCACUGCCAGGCAGGCGUUUCGCGCUCGCCCACCAUCGCCAUUGCCUACAUGAUGCGCCUCGAGCGCAUUUCCAUGUACGAGGCGUACCGCCGCGUCAAGGAAAUCCGGUCCAUAAUCUCGCCCAACCUCAACUUUGUGGGCCAGCUGAUGGAGCUGGAGGCGAGUCUGCAAGGCCCCAGCUGGAGCGAAAAGCAGGCGGAGGCGACCUCCGCCCCUGUGGGCGGCAUCAGCUAACGCAAAGACUGAUGGAGCGCCUAGUCUGUGCAUCUAGUCCCACCGCAAUGGACUGAACGGCGCGCGUGGCGUCUGCCACCUGCUUGCUGCACCGCCCCCCGAGGUCACGGCGCGUGCGCAGUGCGAGUUUGUCACGUGACCUGCGCAGAGCGCUGCGCAAGAUGAACAUUUUGUUUUUUUUCCAACGGCUCACAACAAAAAGGGCCUUUUUGACAAGCAGAAGUGGCGGCCAUCGCGUCAAUUUGAAUUAAUUUAGCGCAAGUGAAUGAUCAUUGAGCCGCUUGUGCGCUCUCAGCGCCAUCUUUGUUUAUGCGGGUGAUUUGCAUAUCAGGUUGGGUGGAACGGCGGUCAAAACAAACCGAACUUGGAGACUCGCUGCCACCCUGGAGCUUUAUUAUUACGUGGCUUAGGCUGGAAUAUUUAAAUUAUCACAAACGAUGAUGUGUAUUAACAGGUUAAAUAUUAUAUUUUUAAACAUACCUGCCUCCAGAUGGUGCUGGGCGCGAAUUAAAUGUGGACGAGUAUAAUGUGAGAGUUGAUAAUUUUAUUUGUAAACACACUCUUUUGAUGAUUUGAUUUUUAUUUUAGUUUCUAUUGCUACUGACUAUAUGUGAAAAAUGAGUUAUACCGACGAGAAAACUAUUAUCAUAAUAAUAAACACAUAUAAAACGAUAAAAUA